AUGCUCGCGGUCUCUUCCCUUCAACGCUCUCUUUCCACCGUGACCACAAGACCCCUCAGGAGGAUCAAAUCCGCUGCCCAACUUGCCCGAAGAAUGGCUGUUCUUCCCACCACGUAUGAGGACCCUGUCCGAAUUGCCGUCAUUGGCGGAACUGGCCUUCGUGAACUUCCUGGCUUCACACAGGUGGCCUCAUUGUCCAUCUCGACUCCUUGGGGCAAACCAUCUUCCCCUAUUACUAUCUUGCACCACCAGUGCUCGCACAACAAACAGACCGUCGCCAUAGCUUUCCUGAGUCGUCAUGGCACGCACCACCAGAUUGCGCCUCACGAGGUACCCGCCCGUGCGAACAUCGCUGCCCUGCGCUCGAUCGGUGUCCGCACCAUUGUCGCCUUCUCGGCCGUGGGCAGUCUGCAGGAGGAGAUCAAACCCCGUGAUUUCGUGAUCCCCGACCAGGUCAUUGAUCGCACUAAGGGUAUCCGCCCCUUCACCUUCUUUGAGGGCGGUGCCGUCGCCCACGUCCCGUUCGGGGACCCAUUCGAUGAGGGCAUUGCCAAGGUUGUUCGGGCCUGCGGUCAUAGUUUGGAGGGUGAUGGCGUCGUCCUUCACGACCGGGGCACUUUGGUCUGCAUGGAGGGACCCCAGUUCUCCACUCGCGCAGAGAGCAAGCUCUAUCGCUCCUGGGGCGGCAGCGUGAUCAACAUGUCAUGCCUUCCCGAAUCGAAGCUGGCCCGGGAGGCUGAGAUCGCCUACCAGAUGAUCUGCAUGUCUACCGACUACGAUUGCUGGCACGAGGAUACCGCCGACGUCACCGUGGAGAUGGUGAUGGGAAAUAUGAAAGCCAAUGCAGAGAACGCCAAGCGCUUCGUGACCGCAGUCUUGGAUGAAUUGGCCUCGGAGAAGCACUCUGAUCUCGUUCAGGCCAAACACGUUGAGGGGUCCAUCAAGUUCGGUGUCAGCACUGCCCUGCCGCACUGGAGCCCUGAAGCCAAGAAGAAGCUGACCUGGCUGUACCCUGGCUAUUUUGACUAG